AUGCCUCAAGAUCAUAUCCAAGCACCGCAAGAAGACGACGACAAGAUCAACAGAACACUACGCGAAAACCUGCCCGACAAUAUCAAUGAAGUGGAUUUGGGGAGCAAAGAACAAAAAGGCUUGUUAUCAUUCAUCGGCGANCCCCUAGGCAAAGGCGUAGAAAAAGUGCUCUCGCCGGCAGGAAGCCUGGUAGGAGGCACCGGCGACCGCAUGGCUGGGUUUACGAAACAAGAUCAACCGAAAAAAACAGAAGGGUACGAGAAAUUCGGNGGGAAGGAGCAGAGUGGGGGAAAUCCUUUGGGGCUUUGA